AUGGUGGCCGAGCACACCAAGCCGGUCAUACCAGAGGACUGCACCUCCACGCCUGCCGCCUGCGGCGUUUCCCCCGGUCCAACAGUGGGCCUUGGGAUUGCCGCCAUCUUCUGCUGCUUCCUCUCAGCGUGCUUCGCCCAGGUGGCCGUUCGCGGGCCGCACACGGCGUAUCUAUCAAUGAGCAAGGCGUUUGUGAAGCACCACCGAUGGGGGGUCUCCGUUUGGUACUGCCUAGCGUGGUGCUUCACGCUUGUGCCCGUGUGCUACAGCUCGUAUCUUGUCUGGCAGCAGUCAACAGGCAGUGGGGCAGUCCCAGUGGGUCUGUUUGCGGGCAUGGGGCUCAUCAUGCUGUGCUCGGGAGUGCUGUGGGUGGGCUUCGUAGCAAUGAAUUUCAAUGCGGAUAGACUCAUUCUCGCUGGGGUGGAGGAUGAGGAUGAGGAUCAACUGCUGCAGUACUGUAGGAGUGAGAUCCGCCCCUGCUGUCUUACCUACUCUACUGAAGAGGUCUUUAAGGAGGAUGGGUGUUGGAGGUUUCUGUGGUUGGCACCAAUACUUCUGUCCCUUGGUUGCCUCUGCUCCUUCUGUUCCCUCUGCUCCCUCUUCCACCUCUGCUCUCUCUACUCCCUCUGCUCUCUCUACUCCCUCUGCUCUCUCUACUCCCUCUGCCCUCUCUACUCCCUCUGCUCUCUCUACUCCCUCUGCUCUCUCUACUCCCUCUGCUCUCUCUACUCCCUCUGCUCUCUCUACUCCCUCUGCUCUCUCUACUCCCUCUGCUGCAACCAAUUUUCCACACCCAUGUAA